AUGACCAUAUCCUACAGUCUGAAGGUGUCCGAGGCUAGGUUAGGGGGUUUCCCCAAACUGCUGCUGCGCUGGAAGGCGAGCAUCUACAAGCUCCUGUACAAGGAGAUGGCGAUAUUCGUGUCCCUGUACAGCCUGCUGAGCGGCGUGUACCGGUUCGCUCUGACGGAACACCAGAAGAGAACGUUUGAGAAGAUCACGCUGUACUGCCACCAGUACUCUGACCUGAUUCCUGUGUCGUUCGUGCUCGGGUUUUACGUGUCCAUCAUCUACACGCGGUGGUGGCAGCAGUACAUGAACCUGCCGUGGCCGGACCGUGUGUCUGCCCUGAUCGGCUGUGCGGUGCACGGGAGGGACGAGCGGGGACGGCUCAUCAGGAGGACCAUGGUCCGCUACCUCAACCUGUCCUCCGUCCUCAUCCUGCGCAGUGUCAGCACAGUGGUCUACAAGCGGUUUCCUACCAUGAACCAUGUGGUGGACGCAGGUUUCAUGUCCACGGCAGAGCUGAAGGAGUACGAGAACGUGGACUCUCACCACAGCAAGUUCUGGGUGCCGCUCAACUGGUUCUGUAACCUAGCAACCGUGGCGCGUCAGGAGGGCCGCAUCAGGGACGACUUCACCUUCCAGCAGCUCAUAGAGGAGGAGAACAAGAUGCGGCAUUGCCUGGGGAUGCUGUACAGCUAUGACUGGAUCAGCGUGCCACUAGUCUACACACAGGUAGUAACUGUUGCCGUCUACACGUUCUUCCUGUCGUGUUUGAUGGGUCGGCAGUACCUGGACCCGGCGCAAGGGUACGAGUCACAUGAGGUGGACCUGUACGUUCCGGCCUUCACCAUACUGCAGAUGUUCUUCUAUAUGGGAUGGCUCAAGGUCGCCGAGCAGCUGAUCAACCCGUUCGGCCAGGACGAUGACGACUUCGAGGGGAACUGGUGCAUCGACAGGAACCUACAGAUCUCGUACCUGGCUGUUGAUGACAUGUACCUGUCCCACCCACCCCUGGAGAAGGAUAUCUACUGGAACCAGCCAGACCCAGACCUACCUUACACACAGGCAGCUCUCAGCAGCAGAACUACGUCUUUCCUGGGAUCUACCUUCGAACUCAGACUGAACAAAGACGACAUGCAGUUUAAGCGAAUGCCUCCCCUGGAGGAGUGUCCGCGCUCCGGCAACUCCAUCAAGCGGCGCUCCGCCAACUUCACUCGAGCCUUCAUCGACAGCAUCCUGUCCCGCAGCGGGUCCACCGUGUCGCUCAAGAGCUCGGUGGCGGGCACCCCGACCACCCUGUCCGCCAACAACACGCUGAAGAAGACGUUCUCACCCCGCAAGCACGCCCACACCGUCGACAGCUACACGGAGCUGCGCGCGCUGGGUAUCAUGCACAAGACGGACUCACAGGAGUCCCUGGUGUCGCCAGGGGAGAGUGGGGAGGGGGGCGACAGCCGGUCGCCAUCGGGAAGAGACAGCCAUUUUUCCAUCCCUAUUACUCCCAGAUCGAGCCAAGACGUCGCCAAAGACGAGGCCAGUGAUACGGUACCGCUGAAAACGCCUGGAGCCUCCGCCGUGGAGCAUCUGACGGUCCCCCAGCCUCUCCGGCAGCUCAGGAGGAUGUCAAAGUCCGUCUCGCACCUGGUGGAGCCGCCGCGCUACCCGACUGAGGCCAGACACGGCUACAGGCGCUCCAGCGAUAACAUCGCCUCCAUGGCCAACACGGCACAGUUCAGGGGCGCCACCACGUCUUCGGACUACUUCUCCAACGACAAGAUCUCGGCGACUGCGAAAGAUGCAGUCUUCCAUCCGGCGGUCCCCCACGAGAAGGCUGCCGGGAGGCUAGCCGGUAGACUGACUGCCGUGAGCAGUCCACUCGCGGAAGGGAAGCCCGAAACGGCCCGGUUACCACCGUACAGGGCCAGGAAACCGUCGGGCCCGACCUCCACCCGCCCCAAGGGUGUGAAGUGGUUUGUGUACGAGGGAGACAGCGACGCGGGGCAGCUGAGUAGCAGCGACAGCGGACACGGGUCGGUGAAGAGUUUACGAGACCUGUGUCUGCAGAUUGAGCCCCCACCGGGUAGGGAGGACGGGACGGACGGGCGGACUGCACCCCCACCGGUCAAGGGGGACGGAAUGGACGCGCGGAAUGCGACUGUGAAGACGAACGUUUUGAGUAAAGAGGCGAAGGGUGCGGAGAACCCGAAGGUCGAGAUCCACCUCCCAAGACUAACGUCUGUGACGGCAAUGGCACCCUUGACACAAUAUACUGGGAAAAAGUGGUUUGGUGUAGGAUCGAACGGCAAGCUGUAUGAGAGGUAUCAGAAUAACAACGGCAACUGGUACUGGGUGGACCACGGAAAACCAACGAAUGAUUUCUAUAACGAAGAGCCAUGUGUACUGGAGGACAAUGUCAAGCUCUUCGUCACGUCGUACAAUGGUUACCUGUAUGAAUGGCCUGGAGCUAUCAACCACGGAGGACCUUUCUAUUCCGGUUGUUCCAGUGUGAAGAAGUCGGGACUAAAGGCUAGGACCUUCGUGCGACACACGAACGGAAGACUGUAUGAGCGGUUCUGGGAAUGGGGUACCGGAUGGACCUUGCGAUAUCACGGCAGGCCUUUCUCAGCGACCUAUGUGGACACUAUAAAAACAACCAGCUACGUAGCAACGACAUCCGGUUACAGCAAUGUGUUCGUGGUGGCGACGAAUGGAAAUAUGUACCGACGGUGGACACAUCAGAAUGGAGGCAGCACCUGGUUCAACCUGGGCAAGCCUGCGGGAAAAGUCAUUCGGAGCAUUCACGCAACAAGAUUCGGACACUGGUGGGCCAUCACUACGGACGGGUCUGUUUGCAGGUAUCAGGGCGGCUGGCCGUGUUUCUCCCUGGCCAACAGAAGGAUCCUGGACUGCUCGGACCCGUUUUACGUCGGUAGUGGAAAGAGAUCCAUGUUCUGCCUCACCGUGAGCGAAGUGACAGUGACAGUGCCAGAAGCUGGAUACGGGCUCUACCAGCUAACUGUGGGCUGGGGGUCAUCCACUGGGACAUGGGUGAACCGUAAUUUGCCGUCCGUCCUGCACACCUUCGUCGACAGACCGAAUGUAGCGUUCACCUCGUCCCCUAAUUGGCCGGUCAUUCAGACCCCCAAGAGCGUCUUCGUGUCCUCUACCAAUGGCGUAUACGAACUGCGCUUCUAG